GAACUACGCUUCUAGCAGUCAGAGAUUGUAGCAGUCAGCUCUGAGUCAGCUGUCAACAGGCUGGGCAAGAGAUCAGACUAAGUAAACCAAGUAUUUUUUAAGUGAUAGCUAAUAAAACUGCUUUUUCUUGUUUACUUUAAACUGUUCAAUCAGUUGGACUUUUAAUUCUGUUCGCUCAGUGAACUCGGGACACGAUCGUCCGACACUAUUGACAUGCGCGAGUCAAGGCUACCCAGCCAAGUGCAGGCGCUGAGACGAUGCUGGAUUGAAUGGCACUGAGGAUACGAGGCUGUGACCCAGCGGGAGCACUGCGAUGACCAGCCGGCGCUCCAUCAGCCAUGCAGACAAAGCCAAAGCUCCUCCCCCGUCGGCAUCACGGCCACCAGCCGUGCCCAAGCUCCACGUCCAAGGGUCACUAUCCCGGGAGUCCAUCACUAUCCACUUCUCGGCCCUGGGCAAAGAGGAGGAAGAGGAGGAGGAAAAUCUCUAUGGGAUGGCCGUCUCUUCUCCUCCCAAUGUUAAAGAGGACCCGGGUGUCGUGACGGCCCUUGAGGCCAGCGAGGAGCUCAUCCUCGAGGGAGCAGGGAUGGACCCUGAGGCCGAGGCUGCAGUUCUGUCCGUGUCAACCUCAACGGAGAGGAAAAGUUCCUUCGCCUUAGCCCCUGAACAGAAGAGUUUAGCUACUCCCAGCGCUUUCACCUCUAGCACGCCCUUCUCAGCUCUUUCUUCCUCCACUACCUCCAAGUUGAGUGACAAACCUUUCUUCGGCUUGGUCAAGUCUUUAUCCUCAGACAUUGUGGAACCUUCUGAGAUCGUCUCCGUGUCCACAGCCGCCCCUGCUUCUGUGCGCCACCGCCACCUGAUGAAGACCCUGGUCAAGUCACUUUCCUCCGACACUUCCCAGGACUCCGCCUCGCCAUACCGUGGCUCGGACUCCCGCCUCAACCUGCACCUUUUCAAGCAGUUCACUCAGUGCCGCAUACCGGUGGGGGUCGUUUCCGGCGGUGACUCAAAGACCGCCCCAUCCUCACCGCUCACCUCCCCAGACAGCCGCAAUUUCAAGGCGUCCGUGGAGGCCAGCAUCGAAGACACCAAGCGGCGUUUCUCUGAAGCCAUCUAUGAGCCUCUACAGUUAUUCAACAAGAUCAUGGGAGACGAGAGUGGAGGCGUCGGAAGUAGUCCGUUCAGGACCAAAGCGCUCUCAUCCAGUGCUUCAGAGCUCACCAACCUUGCCUCCUUCAACAGCGUCCAACCAGAGAGCAACAACAACAGCUACACCAUCAAGGAGGAAGACGCCGAUUGCGACUGGGAGUCUGAUGAAACUGCCACAUCCGCCGGCUCGCCAAACCCCUCCGCCGAAACCAGUCGUACCAGAAGUCCCAAAAUGUACUCCUCUAUUUCCGCCUCUCUCGGCCUGGACAAGUGCUCCAUGUCGGCCCUGGCCAAACUGGAGGAAGAUGACUUUUGCAUCCUGUCUAGUGAGGACUUUGAGGAAACCGAGGAAGAUAGUGUGGAGCGAAUGGACCACUCGGGCGGCCGUGUCAGACGGCCGCCCAGCGGCAGCACGGAGCUCUGCAGCGGGGACGAGUCCGAGGAAGGUGUCCCCUCACCAAGCGUUCCGCACUAUACCUUAAUAUUCCUCACAGUACUGGUCUAUGGAUUCUUUGUGUUGCCUCUUCCCACCUACGUCAGUGGAAUGUUCACCGGAGUGGCCCUGGGGUUCAUGUUGGCUGUAGCUGUGGUGUGGUUGGCUGGACCCAAACCAUCUGGCCACAGCCUUAGACAUCCCAGACGCCACGGGGAGUUGUGGAGCCCUGCUAGGUUGGACAUCAAGGAGCCAGGCAUCUUCAAGAGCUGGAUGAACGAGAUCAUGAACUAUGACCCGGAGACGUACCACGCCACCCUUACGCACUCCGUGUUCGUCCGCCUGGAGGGCUCCGUCCUGCGUCUGUCCAAACCCAACCACAACAUCGCCCGGCGGGCCACGCACAACGAACCCAAGCCAGACGUCACCUACAUCAGCCAGAAGAUAUACGACCUCACCAACAGCAAGAUCUAUUUGGUGCCCCAGAGCCUGGCCAGGAAGCGAGUGUGGAACAAGAAGUACCCCAUCUGCAUUGAGCUGGCUAAGCAGGACGACUUCAUGUCCAAGGCCGAGGGCGACCCCAGCGACCCGGCCGACCCAGGGACCGCGGCCGCCGGUGAGGGGGACGAGACCAAACGGCCCUGCUGUCCAGAGCUCACCCUCUACCUGUUCGGGCGGACGGGGAGGGAGAAGGAGGAGUGGUACCGCCGACUCUUGCUGGCCUCCAAGCCGGUGAAGACGGAGACAAAGGCAGCGAUCAGUCAACAGGGGAGUAAGACAGCCCUGAGCUCGCACAGCCGCAGCAGUAGCCGGGGCAGUCUGGACGAGGCGCUCGGCUCACAGCCCUGGAGCAGGGACCCCACGGCGGGCGCCGCCCUCAAGCCAAAACCCCUGCUGGACUACAACGUCUACAUGGCCACCCUCGUGCCCCCUGAGAAUGCCGCCUCUACUGCCACCCCCGUCGCUGCGGCCAAUCCCGUGAUCCAGAGCCCCCAGAGUAGCCCUGGGGCGGGCAAGAAGUUGCCGAGCAGCAGCAGCAGCAUUGGUUUCGUGGUGGCACGGGGGGAGGAGGAGCCUGUGGCCUGGGUGAACUCUGUGAUUGGCCGCGUGGCCUGGGACUUCCUGGGCGAGCCCUACUGGGCAGACGUGGUCUCCAAGAAGAUCCAGAUGAAACUCAGCAAGAUCCGGCUCCCCUACUUCAUGAACGAGCUCACCCUGACGGAGCUGGACAUGGGCGUGUCCACUCCCAGAAUCCUCAGCGCCUCUAAGCCCUCAGUGGACCACCAAGGCUUGUGGUUUGACCUGGAGAUCUCGUACAGCGGUUCCUUCCUGAUGACCCUCGAGACCAAGAUGAACCUGAUCCGACUGGGCAAGGAGGAAGAAGGCCUGCGCGUGGGAGACUCUGGCAAAGAGGGCUACAGACCACGGACAUACUGCCUAGCCGACAGUGACGAGGAGUCAUCCAGUGCUGGCUCUUCAGACGAAGAGGAUACUUCGGAGAUCCCCGGUGAUAUUCCUGGAGCAGAGGGACACAUGGCAGGACGUCAGCCCAGUAAGAUCAUGCGCUUUGUGAACAAAAUCGCCAAGUCCAAGUACUUCCAGAAGGCCACGGAAACAGAGUUUAUCAAAAAGAAGAUGGAGGAGGUGUCAAACACACCCCUUCUGCUCACCGUGGAGGUACAGGAGCUCCGCGGCACGCUGGCCGUCAACAUUCCGCCUCCACCCACUGACAGGAUAUGGUACGGCUUCAGGAGUCCUCCUCACCUAGAGCUGAAGGCCCGGCCUAAACUAGGGGAGAGGGAGGUCACGCUGGCCCAUGUCACCGACUGGAUCGAAAAGAAACUGGACCAGGAGUUUCAGAAAGUCUUUGUCAUGCCGAACAUGGACGAUGUGUGGCUGACCAUCAUGCAUUCUGCAAUGGACUCCCGCUCUUCUGGAGGCCCUUCGGCUUCCACCUCCAUGGCCGACUCGGCCCAGAGGGACCCAGAACCCUCCCAAACAGAGGGGGACGCCAUUGGCGACGUGUGAAGGAUUGUUUGUUUACAGUAUUUACCUGAAUCUUGUGAAUUAAACAAAUUGCGGGGCCAUGGGGCCUUGACGUGAUAUUGGGCCUAUUAGUUUAUAUGAACAUUAAAAAAGCCUUUCCGAUGCCACAUUGACAUUCCAGUAACUUCAUAGCCAAGGGGGGGGGGGUGGGGGGGUUGGUUGCUCGACGAACAGGAGCACCUCGUUAGUCGUCAGAUGAACUUUGACCUCUGAGACUCACAGAAUAAAUUAUAUAUGGUUGUUCAGCCAAUCAGGAAGGAUGCACAGAAGAAAAACUCCCGCUUGCUGCUGUUUUUUUGUUUUUUUUAUCCAUGUAGGAGGAGCAGACUUAAGAAAUAAAGAUUCCAGGUGUAGCCACAAGUGUAACCUUGAUAUAACUUCUAGGAAGAAUACAAACGUGACAGGGAUGUAACUCCGUCUGAUUAAUUAAAAGCUUUUGGUAUAGCAGGGUAUUAACAAUUUGUGUGGGUUAUAAGGGUGGAAUAUAAGGGUUAUAAAACAUAGUUGUAUCGCAUUCACCAGUCACCUUACGUGCUAGAUAGGAAACAGACAGAGCUCUGCUACUUCGAUUUGGAGACCCUAACGAUGAGAAUAAGUGAUGGAAAUGUUUGAAUGUGAUGUUUAACAGCUAGAUCUGUCUCUCCCAAUUGCAGCCCUCAAGCACCCAGACCAGCACACAUUUGUUUGUUUUUUUAAUCAAAAACUGGCAUGAUUCAUCUCCUCGAGGGCUUGAUGAUUAGUUGACACUAAGUCAGGUGUGCUUGUUAGGAGCUAACCCUAACAGAAAAGUGUGGCGUUGGAAAGAAAAUGUGGCAGGUUUUUGUAAUUGUGUUUGUGCGUGUCAGUCUGCCUCGAAGCAAAGGCAGGAGGGUCCACUGGAUAACAUGACGUUUAUCACUUGCCGUUUGGUAUGAGGCAUCAAAUGCGCAUAAGGCGGUGUCCUUAUGAUCACAAUCUCUGAGUAAACACUAUAACGAUAUACACAUUUGUGCUGCAAACCCACAUCUCAUACUGACCCAGGUAGCAGUUACCUUUAACCACAGAUCUAAAAUCAGAUUACCCUCACAUCCAAAGGUAGUUGGUUCACAACCUAACCAUUUUGAAUCCCGGUAGAACCUAACCUUAAUCACAGGUAUAAAAUCAUAUUACCCACCACCCAACAAAAUUUGUGGUUCGAACCUUCAGCAGUUUGGAUCCUUAAAAUCAGAUUACCCACCGCACCCAAAGAUUGUUGAUUCAAACCCUAAGCAUCGUGGAGAUGACAAAAUGUUUUGCGUUCCCAUGCUUGGACAUUGCAUGCAUCAAACAAAUGUUGGGUGCCACAUCGUCAACUGGCAGUUUGCUAUAACGGCCUAUAAUGCUGGUGCAUAAAACGUCUAUCCAGGACUUCCUGUCAGGUAUCAGAAACACCUGAGCAGAGGAAUGUUCUUAAUAUCUGACCCUGUAUCAGUGGUUAAAGGAAAUGUUUUGCAUUCUAACCUCUUAACCUACACCACGCCUCUUUAUAUGCAAAUUGUCACUGUGUCCAUAUUGAUAUAUAUGGAAGCAGAUCGAAGAAUUCCCUUACCGUUCUCUGCAAGCCAGUGACUUAGUGAACAUUCAUGACUUAGGCAGCACGUGUCUUUAAUUCACUGAUGCCUAUGCGAGUUCCAUGCUAAAAAAGGAACAAUGGACAUGAGUUGUGAUGAAGAAUAUUUUAUCUAUAACCUUGGUAAUGUAUAGGUUAAAUGUAUGUCUGUACAGGUGUAUAUGAGGGGCUAAACAUUUGUAUUGAAUGUACAGUAUAUAUGAAACUAGACAUUGUCACAAUGUUUUGUUGUAUGUAACCAAUUAUGUGAGGAUUGUAUUGAUUGGGGUACGCCAGUAUUGCACAACAAAAAAAUAUAUUUUGAUAGAUUUUUUUUUUCAUUUUAGACUUCAUUAAUGCAGUAGUUUCUCCAGCCCUGUAUUGCAUUUGUGGAGUCUUCAUCUGUUUUCCCAUGAUUCUUUUACAAGCAUGUAGAGACCAUUCCUGAGGUACCACAUUUUCAUUUAUUCUUUUAAACAAUGUUGUCAUUCAUUUGGGAUUGUGUUUUCAAGUGGUUCAUCAAAAGUUACCAAAUCUUAGAUGUGAGCCUACUUUUGUUGCCAGCAACACUUGGUAGAGUUUGAGGUAAAUCAGUAAGGCCUUUGCCAAAAACAUCUCAAAAUACUUUACUGUAAACUCUAAAAACACUAAGAACACUAUUUAAGUCGCUGAAUGGACUCUAUACUGUAGUCUUGAGUAUGUAUAUGAGUACAGUUAUUUGAGUUUUUCUUCAGUUGGCAGUUAAAAUUGCACAAUUAGUAUUGGGUUUCUGUACCUGCAUUCAUACUAGUUGCCAUUGCUUUUAUUUGUCAGGACACUAAAGGACUGUUGUAGAAUGCAAUUGAAGGAUAAUCAAGUUCUAACGUUCCAGCUACUUAUAAUUUAAUUGUCCUUUUAGAAUUAUUACUGAUGUAGUAUCAUGUUGGAAUUAAGAAUGUUUUGUAUCUUAAUUUUUUUUUUCGAAAUGAUUACACUGUUGGAAUGAGAACAUGAAUAUAUCAGAUUCAUAAAUAUAGUUAAGCUUUAGUUAUUCUGGAAAUAUAUGUAUUAUUUUGAUUUUUUUUUGAAGCCCACAUUUGUGGUGCCAAUUCAUGUCUGCCUCUAGUUGGAGAGCAAGGUUUCUCUUAAAGGAUGUUCCAUGACAGAAUGCCUUUUACAAAUGUUGAUUUAGCAGUCAUUGUUGUUUUCUGUUAUCGAUUUUGUAUAAUUGUAAAUUGCAAUGAAGUUGUUGAAAUAAAAAAGAUCAGCUUGCUUUGUAA